AAAAAGUAGUCAUUACUUUUGAAUUAUUUUUAAAGCAAAAAGGAAAGGUUCAACAAAAAAAGUUUAAUGAAAAAGCCUUUUGAUAAAGAAACAUAUCAAAGAGCAAAAAAUUAAAUGCUGCAAAAAUAAUUAAAAUUAAUACACAACAACAACAACAGUAGUGGCAGCGGGGCAACUGUCAAAAAAUCUACAGCAACACAAAGUGCAACAACCAACAACAUCGUGGAGGAGUACAAAAAAUCACACAAUUGCCGCUGUCUGUAAAUUGAACAUAAAAAAAUAAAUAUAAAAAAAAAAAUAUUAAAGGCCGAAAGAAAAGUCGCGUUUUAUUUUCACGCGCUGCAUAUUAUUUACUCUGUGCUCUACAUAUAUAGUAUAAAUCCACAACAGAUAAAUACCGCCAACCAAUAGCCCAAACAAAACACAACAACAACAGCAACAACAAAAAUUAAAUAAAAAUAAAUGAAAAAUCCGCCACAAAAAUAAAAAACAAAAUUCGCCUGCAUUUUUUGCCUUUUGUGUGAGCUGCCCACCAAAACGAGAGAAGAAUUUUUAUUGUAUAUAAAAAUUAUAUACAACAUCACCGGGAGGAGCUGUUGCAGCAUCCCACUCCAAGGGGCAACUCUGCUUUUCGAGCUGCUGCCUGUAAAUUGCUCCACUCUCUGCCCCAAACGAGCGGCGGCGACUGCGUUGGCUUCGACGGCGCCGCAACAGCGCAGCAGCAGCAGCAUCGGCAACAGCGACAGCAUUAUCCGCAGCAUCAAUUUGGCUUUUGGGCAGAGAUAAUUUAAGAAAAAUAUAUGUGAUGCUAUGCACAUCAGCAGCUAUGAAAUAUGCCUAGAACGCGUUGCUGAGGAAUUAAUGGGUCGCAGGCAAUGGAAACAUUACCAAGAGCAACAUUUGAAUAUCGACGAGCAACAGCCCACAGUAAUAGCCGGUUCCGAGGACGAGCCACCGCAAUACAACAGCAACAGCAACAACAACCACAACAGCAAAAACCCAAACCACUGUAAACCAGAAAACCACCGUAUAGAGCAGCACACACCCAACGGCAGUCUGCUACUGGAAGAAGAUUUUGAGAACAACCAAACAUCACACAACUCAUCACGUACACCUACGCCGGGAAGCACUGUGACAGCCACAAGUACACCAUCACCACCGCCAGAACCCAUCGAUUGGAGACCGUCGGACAAGUGCAAUUUUUGUGUUAACGGUCGCCUGCUAACGGUGAACGCCAAGGGCGAAUUGGUGGCCGAAUCAGCAGCAGCUGCAGCGGCAGCAAACACAGUUAGUUGUAGCCACAUUCAUCAGCACGACAGUGACAGCAACUCGAGCGCAUCACUGCUCCUCCAAAACAACAGCAACGGCAGCCGAGCUCGCCACAUUGCUGCCACAACGGGUACAGAUCGAGCGGCAGCAACAUCAGCAGCAAAUUCUCUAGAAUUGUACAAGCUGCUCACCCAGCAGGCUGCCAAAAUGACAUCGAUGGACUCGAUGGCCGCCCAGCUGGCGCAGUUCUCGCUGCUGGCCGACUUUAACCUGAUCAACACACUGCAGCAGCAGCAGCAACAACAGCAGCAGCAACAACAGCAAACGGUAACGCCAACUACCUCAGAAGUAUCUGCAGCCGCAAUCAGUCCCGCACUCAAAGAUACGCCCAGUCCCAGUGCAGAUGCACCGCUCGAUCUUAGCAGCAAGCCAUCGCCGAACUCAUCGAUUAGCGGCGAUGUAAAGUCCAUCAGAACCUGUGCCACGCCCACGCCAGGUGGACGAGGGGCGUAUAGCGAGGAGGACCUGAGUCGGGCGCUGCAGGACGUGGUGGCCAACAAGCUGGGAAACCGGAAAGCGGGCCACGUGCCGCGCUCUCUCGUGGUCGAACGUCUGUUCAAGAUGCAGCAAGAUCUAGACCAAUCCGAUCCGGAUCUUGGGGCAGAGGACCAGGACGCGGGGGAUUCCAACGACGACGGCGAGGCGGACGUUGACAGCAAUGCCUCCACGCCGGCGGCAGCCUAUCCCCCAGACUUUGUACAACUGCGAAAGUAUUCGGAGCACAACGGCAGCGAUCUGGGAGACGAUCAGGACCCGCGGGGUUCGCCCAAAAUGGGUCGACUGCCAGGUAACAACAGUGUCUCAUCAGGUGGGGGAGGGACAGCAGGCGCUGGCGGUGGAAUGCCAGCGAUGCCUGCUAUAGACGCCAAUGUCCUGCUGCACACACUGGUCCUGGCCGCCGGGAUCGGAGCCAUGCCCAAGCUGGAUGAGACGCAGACGGUCGGCGAGGUGAUCAAGAACCUGGUUAUGGCCAAUAGCGGAGGAGCCGGAGCGAUUAUGAACGACGCCCUGCUGAAUCUGCUGGCCGCCAACCAGGAGAGCAAUGGAAGUGGCUCCUUGCUGCAGCAACAACAGCAGCAGCAACAUGUUGCCGCCGCCUUCAGACACCGCCUGCCGAAAUCUGAGACGCCGGAAACGAGCUCCUCGCUGGACGCCAAUGAAGCCAACGAGGAUCCCAUUCUGAAGAUUCCGUCCUUCAAGGUCAGCGGACCGGGUCUCUCGCCGCUGAACAACAACAACAACAGCAUCGGCAGCAACAACAACAUCAGCAACAACAACCGCAACGGCAGCAACCGCAGUCCCCACUCAGCAUCGCCUAUGCUGGCGGCGGCCGUUGCCCAGGGAUCCGCGGGAGGCGGAGGCUAUGGCCUCGGCAGCUCCUCGUCGAGCAUCCAGAAGAUGAUGGCCAGCAACAUCCAGCGACAGAUCAACGAGAACCGGGUCCAGGAGCAGGAGUCCCUGCGGAACGGAAACUCCUCCGACUGCAGCUCGAACAACGGCAGCUCCACGAGCGGCUACAAGAAGCCGAGCAUAUCGGUGGCCAAAAUCAUCGGCGGCACGGACACCUCGCGGUUCGGAGCUUCGCCAAACCUGCUCUCCCAGGCGCAUCACCACCACCCGGCCGGUGGACAUCACCUGAGCCACCACCAGCAACAACAGCUGAGCGCCCAAGAAGCAGCCGCCCUGGCGGCGGGCAAGGGCACCCGACCCAAGCGGGGCAAGUACCGCAAUUACGACCGCGACAGCCUGGUGGAGGCGGUGAAGGCGGUACAGCGCGGCGAGAUGUCCGUGCACCGGGCGGGCAGCUAUUACGGAGUACCCCACUCCACGCUGGAGUACAAGGUCAAAGAGCGGCACCUGAUGCGCCCCCGAAAGCGGGAGCCAAAGCCACAGCCAGACCUAGUAGGUCUGACCGGACCGGCCAACAAGCUGCACCUGGACAAGCUGAAGCCAGGCAACUCCAAGCUGAGCAACGCCCUGAAGAACAACACCCAGGCAGCAGCUGCAGCGGCGGCGGCGGCAGCAGCGGCUGCGGCUGGCACGCCCAAUGGCCUCAAGCUGCCAGCCCUCUUCGAGGGCGCCACUCCGCAGCUGCCCUUUCAGUCGAAUAUGUUCUGGCCCCAGCCGAAUGCCACUGGUGCUUACGGCCUGGACUUCAACCGGAUGGCGGAGGCCAUGCGGAAUCCGCAGCACAACGGGCCGAUGAAGAGCGCCCUGGAGAUGACGGAGAACAUGUACGACGGCAUCAUCCGAAAGUCCCUGCAGGCCAGCGGAGCGGCGGCGACCGCCAAUGGGAGUUCCGUGGCGGGCAACGGGAACACCAAUGGCCACGCCCUGCUGGACCAGCUUCUGGUGAAGAAGACGCCCUUGCCGUUCACCAACCACCGGAGCAACGACUACGCCGCCACCUGUUCCAGCGCCAGCGGAGAGAGCGUCAAGCGGUCGGGGAGUCCCCUGGGCGGAGCGGGCGGCUAUCCGGACAUCAAAAGGGAGCGGUUGAGCGCCGACAGUGGCGGCAGCAGCGACGAGGAGCACAUAAACCUCAACAACAACAGCGACCUGGCGCACAAUAAGAACAAGGGCUCCAGCUCCUUUUCCGGAAACGGCAAUGGCAAUGGCGCCGGAAACGGAAAUGGCCAGGCCACCUCCAACGGCAAUGGCCGGAGCAGCCGGAUGACCUCCCGGGACUCGGAAACGGAUGUCUCCAGCCUGAAGAGCGAGCAUAGCCACCACAAACUCAUGGAUCUCAAUGGCGGCGGGGGCGGUGGCAGCAACAGUCACAUCAAGUGCGAAGCGGAAGCGGAAAUGGGCAGACCGGAAAGCGGCGGCGGUGGCCACGCUCCCUCCUCUAUUCUGCACGAGAAGCUGGCGCAGAUCAAGGCCGAGCAGGAUCAGUUAUAGGAUCAGCCGACGUUCGCCUGGCCACCGCUGGCCACCCACUACUACAGCUUCUAGGGAACGGAGGACGACUGUCAGGAUAGACGAAUGCCGGAUAGCAGCAGGAUAGCAGGAUAAACCAAAUUAAGCCACUUCUUUUGAUAGUACACUAUAUAGAGUAUAUAUAUAGUUAUGUGUAUGCAGGCCAGCCGAUCGAGUGGCGAGUGUGCGCUAGCUCUUAGUUAAUGUGUAAUCAACUAAAAAAAAAAAAAGAAAACAAAAAACAGACAUUUAUGUGUGCCCCCCGGCGUAUGCAAUGUUUUGGGUAUUCACCAGCGG